AUGUCAUUCCGUGAGAUUUCUUAUCACUUUUAUUGGUCUCGAAACAUUUCCCCGCUUUCUGAUGUAAGAAUUGGGCCGGAUUGAAGUCUGACGGUCCUUUUUCACUGUCAAGAAAGUAUAAAAUCUUUUCAAGUUCAUUGGAAAUGUGGUCUCGUUUCUCAGAAAAUUAAGAUUAAGAAAAUUAAAGCUCUGAAAAUUAAAAAUAACUUUUUUUGCGCUUCUCAUAUCUUCACAUAUCACCAAUCAUUCUUAUGAAAAAAUAACAGAGUACAUUUUUUUGUUUCAGUUCAAGAAAAAAAGUUUCAAUUUCUUUAUUCAUUUUUUUCUCGGUUUCACGUUUUUGACAAAAUUCGAGAAAUUGUUUUGGAGAACUUUGAAAAAAAAGAUGUUCCGUAAAUUUUAGACAGAAAAAAAAUUUUUUGUCUCUUCUCAGCGAUUCUUAAAAAUCGUACAAAACGAUCUUCUCAGGUUUCGCAUCAUGAUCCCUUUUCUCUCCUUCUCCCUAAUUCUUCUUUGAAAAACUAUCGACGCAGUCUAUUUUUAGCCGUUUUGCCCCUUGAGAGCGACCACGCCGCCAAUGAACUUUCCAAAAAACCUCACUCUCACCUGACGACCGCGUGGAUCUCAACAGAUAUUCGGUUUUCUUUUUUUUUCUAUCUGUUUGCGCUUCCUGUUCGCAAACCUAACCGUUUGGCUUGGCACGCGAGUUUAAACAAAGCCGUUUGUCUCGGAUCAAGUGAGGCCGUUUUUUUCGUCCCCUUGACUUGAAACAAUUGGCCAUUUUGCUCUCUUAUUUUUUUUCCUUUUUCUUGUCAGUUUGUUCGCUGAGAGACGAGGAAGAUAUCCGGUAACAUGACCUGAUUUUCCGAUUUUUGACUUUGCGCUCAUAAGUUUUUGAGUCAUUUCUGUCAAAAGUGACGGCUUGAGAGCAGAGUUCAAAGAAGUUCAAGUUUUUUUGUUGAAUUUUUUUUUUGCAGGAAAUAGAUUCGAGACGCUUUGUGUACUUUUGAUUGCAAUAAAAUGCUUCAAAAUGUUGAAUGGACUUGAAAAAAAAAAAGUUUUUUGUUCCUAAAACCAAAAGUCACCAACUUUCUUCACUUUUUUUUCAAACGAAUCAUGUCAUCCCAUUUUUAUCAGUAAUCUAUCAGAAUUUAACCAUCUGGUUUACACAAGUUUGUGACGAAUUUGAUAAGUUUUUCUCUCAUUUUUUUCACAUCUUCUGAUAUCACUUCACGUGAAAAGAAAAAGUCAUUUUUGCUCUCAUUGAUUUUGUUUCAAAGGUUCUCUCAUUAUUUGAUUAUACGUAACGUUUCUUUUUACGAAAUUCCCUUUGAUUUUUUCGAUAUAUUUUAAUGGUUUUUCUCGCGGUGUCUGGAGGCAGAAUGGCAGUUUUUUUGAACGCUUUGUUUUUUAGUUUGCAAAUCAAAGGUCAAAUAUCAAAAAGAGAGUUUGUUCAAUUAAAAUUUAAUUCAGAACAUUUCAUGAUCAGUCCCAUUCCAAAACAAUUACCUUAUUAGUUUAUAACUAAUGAGAACGAAGAUCGAGUCGCGUAAGGUUUAUCAGUUAUUAAUUUAAAUGUGCUCCAAAAAGGGAAAAAAGUUGAAAAGACACGGUAAUCGUAGAAAAUUACAGAGAAUUCAUUCAGAUCUUAAGAUACUCAGCUUUUUGAAAUUAAAUAUCUUGUAAGGUUCCAAUCAACUCCUACCGAAAACUUUAAUAUACUGCUAAUUUACUUCAGGUGGAAACCCCAGGAAAGGAAAUUUUGCCCAUUUUCUAUUGAUAUUCGAAAUGGGAUCGGAGAUUGGUUGAAUUUAUUUUUUUUCGGCUCAGCGUAAUUCAUCGUCUAUUGCGAAUGAUAAACUUCAUUUUACUUGGGGAGAACUUUAAGAAUAAUCUGAAAAAUUUUUUUCCGUAUAUAAAUCACCUAUUCCUAUCUUCUUUGAAACCGGACCAAUAAAUUAAGUUUGAAAUUUCCUGGAGUUUAAUUUAUAUUCUCAGUGAAAUCAAUUCAACUUUCUACAAACAAAACUUGAUAUCUAAUUGUAAUUGCGAAAAUUAUAAUGGCAGUUGUGAAAACUUUCCAGUUUCAGAAAACCCAUAGAUAGAAUCUCCUUCUUCUCUAAAGGGGAAUUCGUCAAAAACAGUUGCGCAAAAUGAAAAAAAAACGAAGGGGCGGAGCCGAGUGAUAGGCAAAAGUGGGAGGAGAGUUCCACGCGGCGGGGUCGAACCCAUGUCACAGAGGCGAGCGACGGCAGCGGCGGCGCCUUCCCAGCUCUCAUCACCAUUCUUCCUCAGUUAUCUUUCAGAGAGACACGUGGCCCUUGGAGCUCUUGCUUUUGUGCUCUGACGUCUCGGAACCACUUUCCAGUUCCUUUGCUUGUCUUUAAUGUUCGGUCUUUAUCUAUCAGCCGAUUUCGUUGCAAAAUAAUCCACCUUUGAUGAUCAUUCGACUACGCCGACAGUUUUUGGAAGUCUUAAUACAUUUUCACGAAGAAAACUCAUCCAAAAUUCCAGAAAUUUAAUACUAUAGCUUUAUGAACUGGAAUGCUGUUAUUAUUCAUUAUUUGAAAAUUUCUCCUUCUUUUUUUGAAAAAUAAUUUAAUGAGCUGUGUAGAAUUUUCCUUUUUUCCUUUACCAUUAUGAAAAUAUUCUCCCUCUCAGUGAAUUUCCCUUUUUGUUUUCAUGAACCUCACUAUCGUUUUAUUCGUAUCAUCACCUGAAGUUACAAAUAGAACCUGACCUUUUUUUCAGAAAACACAAAAUGCCAGCUCUCCUCUCGUCCAUGGCCUCCAGAGCCGCCUUCGUCACCCCAAGAUUCCUCGCAACGGUGGCUCCGACCGAACCGAAAUCGAAGCCUGCUCAAGACCCCAUGAAGUCGUUCUACGUGAGUUUUAUUUGAAAUUGUCAGAAAAGUUACAAUAAAAGGGUAUAACCAAAUUUUCUUAGCUGUUAUCUUGACUGGUUUCCUGGAAAACAGAAACAUACGAUUUGGGCUGCAGGGCACUAUCACGCCAUAACUGAAAAUCGUAAGAAAAAAAUGCCCAACUUUUAGAGUGCAGAUGAAAAAUUUUUGAAUGGAAAGAGUCAUCUUUGAAAAACAUGAAUGUGAUCAUCAAGAGCCUUUUUCUUCAAUUUAGUACAAUCUGAAAUAUUUUCAGCGCAAAGACCUGAAGAUCCAAAAGGCCACAAAGGAACAGAUGCACACCAAGCCUGAUCACGUGAGAUUGAAUCUCCCUAAUUUGCAAAAAAUAUCUGAGGAAUUUCCAGUUGCAAGUCGAAAAGGUCAAAUUCGGUCACACAUACGCGGAUCACAUGAUGACCUGUGAUUGGGACGAAACCAACGGCUGGGCUGCGCCUAAGAUCGAACCUAUCACCGACCUAAAGAUCCAUCCGGGAGCUAAGGUAAUUUUGAAAAAGAGGCUGAAAAAUAACCGUAAACAAUUUUGUAUGAUUUCCGCUUCAAUGAUCCAAUUUUUUCGAUGUCGUUUUAACUAAGCUAACGCUUAAAAUUCAUAUUCAAAUGUUAUUUGAAUGACCUGACAGGAUUUGCUUCAAAAACGACAACCUGACGGACUAUCAGUUAAAGAUGAAGUCUCUAUUAAAUCACCCAAAAAAAACUAGUUUUAAUUCACAUCAAAGGGCAUUCCUGUCAAAUACAAAGCAGAGUUUUAGAAGUCUUUUGACCGGAUAUCAAAUUUGAUGGUUUGAACUCGGCCACUUGUUACACUGAGCACAUGUUCUGCAGCUCAUGAGCGAGCUGAGAAAGAACAUUACGUCAGCAAAAAUAUCUUAAAAACUUGGCCUUUAAUCUCAAACAUCGACCGAUCGACAGCGAACACGUGAUCUUUUUCAAGCGUUCUCAGGGCUCAGAAAUUGUUUCGGAAGACUGAUCUUUGGAAAAUACAUUGAGAGAAAAAAAAGUUCCAAACAUGAAUCAGUUAAACGUGGAAAAUAAUGUAAAUUUCAAGAAAAGUCAUUCUGGUCGGACUUUUCAGAUACUUCAUUCAGCGUGUGGAUUUGAAAUCUGAAAAAGAAUCAGAAUUUUUUUCAAAAAAAUUUCUUGGUUUUUUUGAAGGAAUGUUAAGCUUCCAGCAAAUUAAAAUGUCCAAAAAGCUUGCCUAGGUGUUUAAAGGAGCAUAGGCAAAGUUUACAAAAGUCUCGUCAUGAAAUUGAUUUUAAAGCCAUGUUUUUUUUGAGUUUUUGAAAAAAUUCCGUCCACCAACUGACUUCCAACAAAACCACGACAUCACUUAAAUAAAAACGUUUUUAUUUCAAAAAUUCUGUUGAAUUUUUUUCUUUAAAAAUUCUACUUUUUGACUUUUUCGAAUUUUCUCGACUUUGAGAAACAGUAAUUUACUGAAGGGUAUCAAAGCUAUAAAUAAUUAUUAACAUCUUAAUUUUCAGGUCCUUCACUACGCCUCGGAACUUUUCGAAGGAAUGAAGGCCUACCGUGGUCUCGACAACAAAAUCCGUCUUUUCCGUCCCGAAAUGAACAUGGCGCGUAUGCGCAGAACCGCCGCCCGAGCUGCUCUUCCUGUAAGUUUUUUCCUUGAAUUAUCAUGUUUGUCUUUUUCCAACCUUACCGUAGCCAGCAAAUCACUUUAAAGGCUGGCUAUUUCAAGAUUGAAAAGAGAGAUACGGCGGUUGGCGAAACUAAUUAGGUCGCGGGCUUCUUGGCUUCAAGUACCCACGGGGUAAUUCUUUCACUUGGACUAAUGGGAUUGUGGCACGUGAACGCGAAGAAGCUUCCACUGUUUUUCUCGCUUGAAAAGAAAAAAUAGCUUCUCGAGUUAAUUGUUUUGAAGGUUGUUUGGAAAGGUUGAGGGCAAGGUACAGUAAACUUUGGAAAACAUAGUUUCUGAUGCUUUCCUAGAAGAGGGAAAAGCUAGCUUUCUGAGCAGCCUGUUGAUUUUAUAUGAUUCUAGAGAAAAUAAAGCAAUCAGGAAAGUUUCUGGUUAAAUUUAUAAGAAAAAACUCUUUUCGAACUGAGUAGCAUUAAGCAUUUCGCGAAAAAAUCUGAUUUUUAAACACUGAAGUUUUCUUGAUGAAAUUUUUCGAGCGAAAAAAAGAAUGUUCCAGGCGUUUAUGCAAUUUUUAGGCUCAAGAAAUCGUUCAAAAAGAAAGAAAUUCUCUAAUCAAGUCUCAGGAUUCAAAUUUUUCUUGAGCUUCAGAGAGCAUUGAUAUUUUUUCAGGACUUUGACGCCGAAGAAGCGGUCCAGAUUCUCAUCGAAAUGCUGAAAAUCGACCAGGAAUGGGUACCGUACUCCAAUGUGUGCUCUCUCUACAUUCGUCCGACCUUGAUCGGAACUGACGUAAUUACUGUCAUAACCUCACAAAAAAAACCGUGCAAAUUUUAGCCAACUCUCGGGGUUGCCUUCUCCAAAAACGCCAAGUUUUUCGUAAUCACUGGUCCUGCUGGACAGUAUUACGCCACUGGAUUCCAGCCGGUAAAUCAUUCUAUUUAAGAGGGUUGAUCUAAUGGUGAUUUCCUGUUUCAGGUAAAACUUCUCGCCGACUCUCGUCACAUUCGCGCUUUCCCCGGCGGCGUUGGAGCUUACAAAAUGGGUUGCAACUACGCUCCGACCAUCUGGGUUGGAAAGGAAGCCGAGAAGAAGAACUGCCAACAGGUUUUUCAUACUUACACUGGACGAUUCCAUGAAAAAAUGCUUCAAGGUUCUCUGGUUGAACGGCGAAGACGAAGAGAUCACUGAAGUCGGAACCAUGAACAUCUUCGUUCUCUGGAAGAACGAACAAGGAGGUUGGUUUCUACAAAACUUUCUGCAGAAUUUAUGACCAAAAAGCCAGUUUCAUUUCCGUUAUGAAUGACAGCGGCUGUCUGGAACUGUUGUUUGCGACACCAUAUUUCUGUAUUUUUAUGUCUUUUUUUUUUUUCUUUGAUAAGAAGGAAAUGUCUGCGCGGGCUGAAGAAGGACACAUGUCAAUGAGAAGUUCAUUCGACGGUCAUAAAAAACGGCUGUUUGUCUGGACAAAUAUAUUUUUCGAAUGAUAAGAGAAACUCAAAAACAGAGAAAGGGGAAAAGAACGUAAACUGAAAAAGUCUAAGGGACAAGGUUUUACUGUAAAAGAAAUCUUUUUAGAACUUGAGUUGGUCACUCCUCCACUUCACAAGGGCUUGAUCCUGCCUGGAGUCACUCGCGACUCUCUUCUCGAACUGGCUCGUGAAAUGAACGAAUUCAAGGUCUCCGAGCGCAUUUUCUACAUGGAAGACGUCAAGAAGGCUCUUGCCGAGAACCGAGUAAGUUUUUUUUAAAGGCAUCAGGGAUAACCGGAAAAGUAUACAUUCCGAGAAAACGGUAGGAAAAGUCGCGGUGAUACUUUCAACAUUUUUCGAGAAUGCCUCUGCACACAAAGUUUGCUUUCAGCCAAGAUUUUCAAACAGUUUGUGAGUUUUGACAAAAAGUUUGAUUUCAAGAACCGUGUUGACAAAAAAAAUGAUGUCCUGUAGAAUAAGUGAUAUUUUAUUUUUUAUUCAGUCUGAUUUCAAGAAUAGAAGCAUUUUUCAAUUAUCAACUGAAACGUGAAAAAAACGAAAACCAAUUUCAGCUCUUCGAAAUGUUCGGCUGCGGAACCGCCUGCGUCGUCAACCCCGUGGGAAGCAUCCACUACCACAACAAGGAGGUUUUCUAAUCGAAAACUUCAAAAUCAACUUUUUAUUGCUUUUCCAGAAGAACGAAUACGAAGAUUGGAACAUCCCCACCAUGAAGAGCAAGUACAACGUCAUGCAGCGCUUCUACGACACGAUUGUCGAUAUUCAGGUUUCCUGCUUCACUAUUCAUUCAAAUCAUCUAACUUUUCACUUUUCCAGUACGGACGACUCGAACGACCCGGAUGGACGCGCGAAAUUUAA